AUGCCUCGGCCAUCGCCAUUCCUCGAGCCCGGCGACAAGACGUCUGCCGGGACGCUCGCCAUUAUCAGCUUAUCGCGCGACAACUUCCUGCCGCUGACUCUGGAAAAAUCAACUGGCGCAGUCGACGGCUACCUCGAGGGAGCGACAUUAAACACGCGAUUCGGAUCCUAUCCUCACUCAACACUACUCGAUGUGCCAUGGGGCUCCCAGGUGCGCGCGUCGAAUGUCGACACAGGCUCAAGAGGCAAGAAACGGAGACGAGAUGCCACCGACGAAGACACGCCGAUACCCAGCCAAGACGACGACGAAGAUUCAACGGCUGCCAAUGCGCCUGUGAAGAAGGCUGUGACAGCACCGAGCGGCUUCAUCUACGUCCUGCGCCCGACUCCGGAGCUGUGGACCACCAGUCUGCCUCACAGAACCCAAGUCGUGUACACGCCCGACUACAGCUACAUCCUACACAGAAUACGGGCUAGGCCUGGAACGAGAAUCAUUGAGGCUGGAGCUGGCAGUGGAAGCUUCACACACGCUUCCGUCAGAGCGGUCUACAACGGUUACCCACGGGACGCGGACGACACAAGAGGCAAGGUCUUCAGCUUCGAGUUCAACGAGUCGCGAUACCAGAAAAUGCAGGUGGAGAUUGGACAUCACGGCCUCGAUGACCUCGUUACGCUGACGCAUCGUAAUGUGUACAAUGACGGCUUCAACGUCAACGGCGAGACGCUAAACGCAACAGCCGUGUUUCUGGAUCUGCCUGCUCCCUGGGAAGCUUUACAUCAUCUUUCAAGGCGGAAAAUCCAAAAGGGAGGCAAAGCGUCCGAUGACGAUGAUGGCAGCUGGGUGUCGCCCCUGGAUCCCAAGCAGAGCGUGUACAUCUGCACUUUUUCACCCUGCAUAGAACAAGUCAUGCGAACUGUCACGGAGCUGAGGACCCUAGGCUGGGUGGAUGUGGACAUGGUGGAGAUUGCAAAUCAGAAAAUCAACAUAUCAAGAGAGCGCGUGGGAGUAAAUUAUCCGACUGAAAAGGGAUACAACUCCUCCCCCGCCGACGUUGCGGAAGCUGUCACGAAGCUGCGAAGUCUUGCUGAAAGGAACAAGGAGACUCAGAGAGUGCAGGCGCUACAGGCCGGUGCGGAUGGCGUUGACAGCGAGAUGGAUGUGGACUCGACUCCCAGCCGUGAGAACCCUGCGAAAGCCAAUGGAGCCGCGGAAGAUAUGGAGAAGCCUUGGAUGCAGGGCCGGCUCGUUCACAGACCGGAGAGCGAACUCAAAACGCACACUUCAUAUUUGGUCUUUGCCAUCCUGCCGUGCGAGUGGGAUGAGGAAGCCGAGGCUGCGGCCAUGGCGAAAUGGCCAUGCGGGAACGAGAAGAAGACGAUUGGAAACCUUGACAAGCAGGCCCGCAAGGAGGAGAAGAGGAAGAUGCUGGAAGGAAAAUCCAAGAAGCAGAAGAAGGGGGGUGAUACCCAGGCAACAACAACAUCAACAUCAACAGUGGUGGUCUCAGCUACGGCGACACCAACUGACACGGCGUAA